AUGACAAUCCCUCCUCAACCCCAACAACAUCAUUUCGAGUCGUAUCAGUAUACGACCGAGAGCCGCAGCAGUCAGAAUCGCACCUUGACGCCGUCGCAGCAGUAUCGCAGCGAUUCGCGAGCAUCGACAAUUCCGGAUCCUGUGGAACGCCACGUGGCACGCUGGCGCAGCGAAUCGAGAAAUUCGAAUCGCGACAAGGUGUUCAGAAACGAUGAGGAGUUUAGCCAACAAGACGAGAUUGUGAACGGAACAUUGACGGCGUUGAAGAAUGACGUCGAGCAGACGACGGAGAUUAUUCGCCGCAAACAGGAGCAAAUGCGUUUGGAGCGUCGCCAAUUUCAAACCGAAAUGGAAGUGACGGGACGAAUCUCGGUGGAUCCGAGCGAUGAUUGGCUGGCGGCGAGAUUGAAGGCGGUCAGCGCCGACGACAUGAACAACACACUUCACAAGCUCAAGGAUGAUCAGAAGCAAAAUGCGGUGACUGACACGCUCGCGGCUCUCGUCUAUGACGUCAAUGCGACCACCGAGGUGUUGAGACGCGCCAAUAUGGGACAUGUGCCACCACCGCGUCCAAAACUUCCCGAAGACGAUAACAUCGAGGUCGAUGAUUUCUCGCGAAACUAUGGCGUUCAGAUGACCGAGGAGACGGACAGCUUGCGGCGACGUCGUGCGCGCUCAACGACGCCAAGACGGACGUUGCACAUCUCGGGCUCACCUGAACCGCCGGCCGCCGCUGUUUGCGCCUAUUGCAGCGAGGAGAUCGAUGGUCCGAUUCUGACGGCUCUUGCGCCCAACUCGGAACGAGCUCAGAAAUUCCAUACAUAUCAUUUUAUGUGUACGUAUUGUCAAAAGGCUCUCAACAUGCACGGCACAUUCCGUGAGCACGACCGCAAGCCCUAUUGUCAUGAUUGCUUCUAUAAGCUUUACAAUGGAUUGCAGUAUGCGCCAGAUGAGCAUCAAGCUAGUAUCGAGAAGCUGAUUUAA